AUGCCUCUAGAGCUGUGGGGGCGACGUUCCCAUUGGUCCUAUGGUUCCGCCGCCUCUGAAAUUGUGAGCCAAAAAUCUCUUCAUAAAACGAAGUCUACGACUAGUAAUGGAUCAUCGUCGUGUGCAUUUAUGUUCAAUUGUGAAGAUGACAUUGGAUUUGGUACAGUUAAAAAACGCGGAUCUUAUUGUCGACAAGAGAAAAGUCUUGGAACAUUAACAAGACGAUUUAUGGUUCUACUACGUCAAUCGAAAAAUGGUACACUCGAUUUGAAACAUGUAGCCGAUGCAUUAGCCACAAAACAAAAGCGUCGUAUAUAUGAUAUAACAAAUGUUCUUGAAGGUAUUGGACUUAUCGAAAAACAAUCUAAAAACACGAUCAAAUGGAAGGGUGCGAUAUCUGGCGAUAAUACAGUUGAAGCCUAUCAACGUUUAAAUCAUAAACAGAUUCAAUUACAAGAAUUAGAAGAUGAGUCAGCAUUCUGGGAUGAAAAACUUCGUUUAAUUGAAAAAAGUAUUCAAAACACAUUGACAGAUGAUACACUACAAAAUUUAAUUUAUGUUACACAUGAAGAUCUUUCUCAAGCAUAUAAAAAUGACGACAUUAUGAUUCUUGCCGAAGCAUCUGCUGGAACAGUGAUGAGAAUUAACGAAAUUACUAAGGGUGACAACUCUUCACAUCAAAUACAUAUUCAAAGCGAUAAAGAUCCAGUUUGUUUGAAACUUCUAAAUCGUGAUGUACCAGAUAAUUCUUCAAAGAUUAAAAACAGUCAUAAUUUAGAUGAAAUGGAGAGUUCUCCUCAUCACGAAACUUCAUUCGAUUGGACAGUGCCGCUCAAUGCAUUUAUUCCAUUGAGCGAUUUGCCAGAAAAUGAUGAUUAUCGGUUUCAAAUGGAACAAAAUGAAAGCGUUUGUGAUCUCUACAAUAGUAAUGAUUAA